UUAGCUAACAAAACAAGACCCCUUCACGAGACGAUGGCGACGACCAAGGCCGUCCUCCUGCUCCUCGCCGUCGCCGCCGCGGCGCUUGCCUGCGACAUCCACGGCGCCGCCGCCGCGGAGGACAGCGAGCCGUGCGACCCGUCGGACAUCAGCAUCACGACGGAGAAGACCGGGCGGGUGGUGGGCGGCCUGCCGGAGUUCCGGGUGACGAUCGCGAACGGGUGCUCGUGCCCGCAGGGGGACGUGGUGGUGUCGUGCCUCGACGGCGUCCCCGGCGGCGUCGACCCGAGCAAGAUCCACGUCGCCACCAAGGACGGGCUGUGCCUCGUCAACGACGGCCUGGAGAUCGUCAGGGGCUCGCCGGUGGUCUUCACCUACGCCGCCACCGACGCCAUCAGCCUCAUGUUCAACGCCGCCACGCCGCGGUGCCCAUAGUUUGUGGGUUCAUUGCCAUUAAUUAUCCAUGUCCUUCUCUAUAUAAUCCAGGAGCUAUGUAUAUUGUUCACGCUGUGAGUGAGUGCUAAACCAGUGAUCCGUUUAAUGAAAGAAUAAACCACUUUAUUUGCUCAGUUCAUAGGAUCGGAGAUUCGGAGUGAUAAAUAUCGAUCGUUCAUCGUUUAACAUGGAGCUUAUGAACAUAGGCGAAAUUAAGUUUAGGACUCAUUCGUUCCGGAGAAAAAAAACAAUGCAUUUGAAUUCCUAACGCACGAAUGAAUUGAGUGUAA